AAGCUUAAUAAACUAGUUUCUAUCGAGAAUAUUGAAGAACUUCGAAGAAUUAUACUUCAAGAUAAUGAGAAUAGUAAAUUAAUAGCUGCAGCAAAUAAUAUCUUAAAUUAUUGGGCUAAAAAUUAA